CCGGAUAGCAAACAAUGCAAUCUCAUAUUCGGGCUUAGAUUUGAGGUAAAAAACCAAAUAAAGACCGGAUAAGAGACUCCCAACACCUAAAAUCAAGAUAAAAUUGGGACCGUACCGGGUCAAGACCAGACUGUAUCCAAUCCAAUCUUUGGUCCUUAUAUUUCCGAAAAGACCAUACUGGAACCGAAUCAAUUUGGUCCAAUUUAACCGGACCGUAACGUAUAGCCACCCCUAAUUACGAGUCCGGGUUCAUUGAUUGGUAUAAUUAGGAGAGGUGCUCUUCUGUGCAUUAGACUGCCUGCCCCACAUGCUUCACCCUCCACAUUGUCUGCAGAUAAACCAUUAUUCCCCAAAGUCAGGCGACAAGCAAAAUUUAUAAAUAAAAUUUGUGCAGCACCACUAUAUCUCUUUUCUCAUUUGUCAUUACAGGCUCACAAAUCAACUUGGGUUUUAACCUUUUAAAUUGAACAUAAACUAACCCUUCACACUUGUAAUAUGUUGUUUGUAAAACAGAAAUUGACCAAUACAAUAUCAUAACACAUUCAAAUAUUGUUCAACUUCUGGAAAAUUAUCUAAAUCUGUUGUCGUGUAAGAUGAAUGUGCAAAAAAAUAGAGAGAAAAUAGCAUAGAAUAACAUUUGAACAUCCCUUUUUAAUGUAUAGUGACAAUUUUUAGUUUUACCCUCUAAUUUUCAAUCCAUGUGGUUGAUUGAAGGAUUGAAUUUGUUCCAAAGAGAACUUAUGAAGACAAAAACAAUUUACAGACACAACUUGUUUGAAUCUAAAAAAAUUUCGUUGAAUUACUCGACUUCUAAUAUUAAUAAAUACUUCCAAUAGUUUAUCAAACAACAUUCAAUUGUUUUUUUAGUACUUUAACUUCGCUAAAAAUUCCAGUCAAAAGCUGCUUUUGCAAAAUCUACGACAGAGCCUGAACCCAAAUUCAUUAACAAAUCAAAUGAAUCUGUUUGCAGAGUUGUUCACAUAGGGUGAAACCAAACAGGCAGGGAGCUGCAGAACAAGUUGCAUGGGGUAUUUAGUAUGUUCAUGCAUGUGUUGUAGCCUCAACGAUAAUUGGCUAACAGGAGUCAACUAUUGGGAAAGAUUCGUCCAAAUAAUUGAAAAGGCUGGUUGGUUAGUCAUAAUCACGAAGAUGUUUGUGGAUGGUGGCUGUGUGCAGAUAUAUAUACAUGAGAACCAAUUGUUCUUCAAUCACACCAGAGCAAAAGAGCUUACAAACGAAAAAGAGAAAGAAUGGCAUCAAGUGGAAUGAAGGCACCAUCAGAGAGAAUGAAGCUGGUGCUAGGAUUGUUGAUACUUCAGCUAUGCUUCUCAGGGUUCCACAUUGUUUCAAGGGUUGCACUCAACAUUGGAGUCAGCCAAGUGGUUUACCCUGUCUACAGAAACACCAUAGCUCUCCUUCUCUUGGCCCCUUUCGCCUAUUUCCUGGAGAAGAAUGAAAGACCACCACUUACAUUUGCGUUGCUGUUUCAGUUCUUCCUUCUAGCAUUGAUAGGGAUAACAGCCAACCAAGGGUUUUAUCUACUUGGGUUGUACUAUGCAUCUCCAACAUUUGCAUCCGCAAUGCAGAACUCAGUUCCUGCAAUUACUUUCCUCAUGGCUUCUGCUCUUGGAGUGGAGCAAGUGAAUUUGAGAAGGAGAGAUGGGUUGGCAAAAGUGGCAGGCACAAUUGCAUGCAUAGGAGGUGCCACCAUAAUCACCCUCUACAAAGGCCCUCCUCUACUCCACCAUGGGGGAAACAUGCUCACAAUGGAGGAACAUCAACAAAUUGACAUUGCAUCAGAUAGUAAGAAAAUGCAGAACUGGACUUGGGGUUGCAUCUACCUCCUUGGCCACUGCCUCUCUUGGGCUGGCUGGAUGGUCUUCCAGGCUCCAGUGCUGAAGAAGUACCCAGCCAAGCUGACCAUGACAUCAUUCACAUGCUUCUUUGGGUUGAUCCAGUUCUUGGUCAUUGCUUCAUUCCUUGAAACUGACUUGAACAACUGGAAGCUGCAGUCACUAGAAGAGCUCUUCACCAUCUUAUAUGCUGGAAUUGUGGCAUCUGGGAUAGUAAUCUCUCUGCAGACAUGGUGCAUUCAGAAGGGAGGUCCAGUGUUUGUUGCAGUCUUCCAGCCAUUGCAGACCGUUCUAGUUGCCAUUAUGGCCGCUUUGAUCCUCGGAGAUCAACUCUACUCAGGAGGGAUGGUUGGAGCAGUGCUGAUAAUGAUUGGUCUCUACUGUGUCCUUUGGGGUAAGAAUGAAGAGAGAAGAAUGACAAUAUUGUCAACUGAAAAUGUAGCAGACAAUUUGAAGGUGGAAGAUGACAGUUUGGCUACCACCCUUCUCCUCCAUCACCAUGAUCAUCGUCGAAUUAUUGCAGACACUGACUUGCCAUGAUGUCUGCAUAUGUCUGGUCUCUGUAAGAGAGUAGUAGACAGACAGAAUUUGCAGAAUGUGAUCUUUUCUGGGCUGGACUUGUCUGCCCUGCCUGUCACAAAAAAUUCAUUGGUCAAUGAGAUUCCAAUUUCCAUCAAGUAGAUUUUGGUCUAGAGAUAUAUAAAUAUUAUACCAUGUUAUGUCAUAGAAGUAGCAGAGUCCUUUGAAUGUGCCUCCUUUCUAUAAUAUGAGCUUGGUUGGCUCGCUGGACCUUGAAGCAUUACCCACAUUAUCUUUAUCUUCGGUUUUGGUUUUGGUUUUGGGGACACCUUCUAAUACACUAAUUAUUCUCAA